AUGACAUUCCUGCAGCACCGUUCCCACGGCGACGCUGAGGACCCAUAUGACGAGCAGUACCUGCUGACCACUCAGAGCAAGCAAGAGCAGUCCUCCAGAUGGUCCGCAGACCGCAGAGGGGCCUCUCGACCCGGGACCGAGGCAGACCUGAGCACUCCUCCUGCCGACCUGUGUGACCCCCUCAGAGGCUCAGGGGCCCAGGCCGAGCUGCUGGAGACCCCCACCCCAGGAGAGGCCGCAGGGGGGGCCGAGGUGGACCAGCCCCUGUCCCACCACCUGUCCCGCAAGAACGCCGUCCUCAGCCAGUUCGAGAGCAAGGCUCUGGGUCUGGACAAGGCCAUCCUGCACAGCAUCGACUGCUGCGCCUCAGACGAGACCAAGCGUAAGAUGUACAGCUCCAUCCUGGUGGUGGGAGGAGGCCUCAUGUUCCGCGGAGCUCAGGAGUUUCUGCUGCACCGCGUCAUCAACAAGAUGCCCCCGUCCUUCAGACGCCUGCUGGACUCUGUGGAGGUCAUCACCAGGCCCAAGGACUUGGACCCUCGGGUGGUGUCGUGGAAGGGUGGUGCGGUGCUGGCCUGUCUGGACACGACUCAGGAGCUGUGGAUCCUUCAGGACGAGUGGAGACGCUUCGGGGUCCGGAUGCUGCGCGAGAGAGGGGCCUUCGUCUGGUGA